GAUUCCAAGGAGCCGUCUCUUCUGGAGAGUAACAAGAAAAGGAAAGGCAGGUUAAAGAGCAGAGGAAGCAAAAGGAAGAAAGAAGAUCUUCAGGAAGUCGAUGGAGAAAUAGAAGCCGUCCUGCAGAAGAAAGCUCAAGCCAGGCUAGACUUCCAGACCUCCAGCGUGAAGUUUGAAGAUGUCGGAGGCAAUGAUGUGACACUAAAGGAAGUCUGCAAGAUGCUCAUCCACAUGCGUCACCCGGAGGUGUACCAGCACCUGGGUGUCACACCCCCCCGUGGAGUUCUCCUGCACGGACCGCCGGGCUGCGGGAAGACAUUACUCGCACAUGCAAUUGCUGGG